AAAUUUUAUUUUUGAGCUUAGAACUGGAAAGUAGAGGUCGCCACGAGUUCGCAGCAUUUUUCGGUAAAUUUUUCGAGUUCCCGAGCUAUUUUUAAGGAAAUUUUGAAGUUUUGUUGGAAAUUAAAUUAUCUGGCGACGUGGCGUGUCCUUAUUGGUUGAUAGGCUUAACUUGGAGACCAAGUAGCAGCUGCCAAACGUGUCUUGCAUGUGCAAGAUCAGUUUGACACAUGUCAAGUGGUGGCACUAUGUUUGUUAUAUGCUUGACAAAUGGCAUAAGCAUGAUGAUGGAUGGUUUUGGUUUGGACAAGUGGCCUAUUUCUAUUGGUGUUCUUUCCCUAUAAAUAGAACCCAACCAGAUCAUUAUUUCCCCACAAUUUUCGGAGCUUUCUCUCUCCUACAUUUCUCUCUUCCAUUUUCUCUCUCUAGGAUUUGUUUUUGGCAUAACUUUUGAUCCGUAAGUCCGAUUUAGGAUCCGUUUUCGCCUACGGAUUCGUCUUGACGAGCUCUUUCUAUUGGUGGAAAGAAAAUUCAGAUUUGGUGAAACUAUUUUUUGACGACCUAGGAGGCUUGAUUUUAUUUUGUAUCAUCCACGAUUGUCGAAAAUAAGAUGGCUGAGCAACAAAGUAAUGAUAUGAAUGGCAAUGCUGGAGUUAUUUUAGCUAUUCAAGACAUGGCCUCUGCAAUUAGACAAAAUAAUUCGGGGGAUCAUCAUGAUAGUAAUGCUGAGGAAAGGGUGAUGAGGAUUCAAGGAGCAUUUCGUAAGGCCAAACCUCCUAUAUUUAAAGGUACAUUAGAUCCGAUGGUGGCAGAAGAGUGGUUGCUUCAGAUGAAGAGAAGUAUGAAUAACCAGAGGAUUCCAGAUGAUCUGAAAGUAACUAUUGCUUGUACUUACCUGGAAGGACAAGCUUAUCAUUGGUGGGAAUCAGUUAUGACUACUUCAGAUACCGAGAUAUUGGCUUGGGCUGCAUUUGAAGAAAUAUUUCUAGAAAAAUAUUUCCCAGACACAGUAAAGCAAGCAAAGGCUAAAGAGUUUAUGUUUCUUUCUAAAGGGGAAAUGACAGUAGCUGAGUAUCAAGGUAAAUUUGAGGAAUUAAUGCGAUUUUCUCCGGGGAUUAUACCAAACGAGGCUGCUAAAGCAAAGAAAUUUGAGGAUGGACUUAAUCCCGAGAUUAGAGAGAAAGUAUCUAUUUUGAAGCUCCAAAAGUAUUCUGAAGUGGUUGAUCGAGCACUUAUAGCUGAACAAAGUAUCAUAGGGAGUAAGUCAACUUGGAAGCCUAUGAACUUGCAUGAAGGUUAUAGUGAUAAGCAUCUGAAAGUUAAUUCACAUGAAUAUCAUGGGCAGCAGCAAGCUAGGUCAUUUGGGGUAAGUCAUGACCCACCACUAUGUUAUUACUGCAAAGAGGUUGGACACAUUAAGAGGUAUUGCUUGCCCAAAAUUUCAUCCAUACCAAACAUUGCAAGUACCAAAACCACAGUAUCGUAUUCCUAUACAACCUCAACAAAAUUGGCCAAGACAAACUGCUAGUCAACAACCACAACAGCAAGGAGGACCAUUUAUACAAGCUAAGCAUAAUGGAAGGACACCUGCAAGACAAUUGGGACAACCUUCACAAGGACAAGUGUACGGUUUUGGUCAAGUGAGUGGACAGACUAAAUCCUAAAGGAAUAGAAGGUACAAGCUUUUGGUUAUAAUUUAAGCACUUCAAAAUUCUACUAUUGGUUAGCUCUAGCAGGUUAAGGAGGUAUUAUGAAAUAAUGGUUACAGCAUGAUUAAAUUUCGAGGACGAAAUUUUUUUAGGAGGGUUGAUUGUGACGACCUGAAUUUUAAAUUUAUAAUUUUUAAAGUCGAAAGUUAUUAUUAAGAAAUUUUUAUUUGAUUUUGCUAAAUUCAAAGCUCUUGAAAAAUAUUUGAAUUUUUUUAAAAUUGGUCAAAUUUUAUUUUUGAGCUUAGAACUGGAAAGUAGAGGUCGCCACGAGUUCGCAGCAUUUUUCGGUAAAUUUUUCGAGUUCCCGAGCUAUUUUUAAGGAAAUUUUGAAGUUUUGUUGGAAAUUAAAUUAUCUGGCGACGUGGCGUGUCCUUAUUGGUUGAUAGGCUUAACUUGGAGACCAAGUAGCAGCUGCCAAACGUGUCUUGCAUGUGCAAGAUCAGUUUGACACAUGUCAAGUGGUGGCACUAUGUUUGUUAUAUGCUUGACAAAUGGCAUAAGCAUGAUGAUGGAUGGUUUUGGUUUGGACAAGUGGCCUAUUUCUAUUGGUGUUCUUUCCCUAUAAAUAGAACCCAACCAGAUCAUUAUUUCCCCACAAUUUUCGGAGCUUUCUCUCUCCUACAUUUCUCUCUUCCAUUUUCUCUCUCUAGGAUUUGUUUUUGGCAUAACUUUUGAUCCGUAAGUCCGAUUUAGGAUCCGUUUUCGCCUACGGAUUCGUCUUGACGAGCUCUUUCUAUUGGUGGAAAGAAAAUUCAGAUUUGGUGAAACUAUUUUUUGACGACCUAGGAGGCUUGAUUUUAUUUUGUAUCAUCCACGAUUGUCGAAAAUAAGGUAGGGGGAUCUCGGGGAAACUUUUUAUGAUUGGAUGUUGAUUUUAUGUGCUUCGUGUAUAUGUUAUUCUUAUUAAUAUUAUUUUUAAAUGAUUUAUUUGAUAAUAUUUGAAUUACAUGUACUAAAUGUACGUUGAUCGAUGUAAGUGCAUGUUUUCAUGGAGGUUGUUGUUUAUCAAGUGUAAAGGAGUUGGGGGAAAAUUAUGGUUAUUUGGUGAUUGUGGGAAUUAUCUUUUGUGUAGUUGAGUUUGAACAUUGUAGGGAUCAAGCUCAGGCGAGCCCGUGUGCACAAUUAGGUUUAGAAUAUCGGCGGUAUAAUUGUCGAUAUAUUUGGGUGAUUUGGGCUUGGAGAUCAAUGUUUCAGACAAGAUGACUAGCAAAAGGGGUUUUGGGGGAUUUGAUUGAGUCAGGGGAUUAAUUUAUAUGUUUGGAUAUUCAAGUCACAGUUGCAAAACUGUAAAGUACACGGUAUGGGACGUGUAGGCUUGCGUAUUCUGAUAUAUGAAUUAACGGGUAUAUAAAUGGAGUUGGAUUGCAUCAUUGUUUGAUAUGCAUGUUAUAAUUGAAAUAUAUGAUGGUAUUAUCUUUGGUCAAUUAUCCAUGAGGAAGUUUUAUGUCCCUACUGAGCCGCUGGUUGAGCUCACCCCUUAACAGAUUUUGCAGGUAUGGAAUCAAGAUACUAGAGCAAGAAGUUCCGAUAUGUAUAUAAUGUCAAAUGGGUUGUGAAAUUUGUGUUUUCUUUAUGUUUGUUUGGAAUAAAGAAUGAGUACUAGUGUACUAUGUGAUAAAGACAAUGUAAUAUAUGUUUCCGCUGGAA